UAGAAUAACAUUAUCCAGAUUUCCAAACAGACCCGUAUUGUCUGACUCCAAAAUGAGAAACCCUAAACCUAUAUAGCCUCCAUUGUUGCUUUAUAUAACGCCUCAGCAAAAAUCUCAAACUCGGCGGCUAAGCAAAAACCCUACUUCUCUCUAAAGGUAAGCAAAAAUGGCGGUGCCGUUGCUGACAAAGAAGAUCGUGAAGAAGAGGGUCAAGCAUUUCAAGAGGCCCCAGAGUGAUCGCAAGAUCUCUGUCAAGCCAAGCUGGCGUAGGCCAAAGGGUAUUGAUUCUCGUGUAAGAAGGAAGUUCAAGGGAUGCGCACUGAUGCCUAACAUUGGCUAUGGUUCAGACAAGAAGACUCGUCAUUUUCUUCCUAAUGGUUUCAAGAAAUUUGUUGUUCACAAUGUGAAGGAGCUUGAGCUACUGAUGAUGCACAACAGGACUUACUGUGCUGAGAUUGCACACAAUAUCUCCACAAGGAAGAGGAAGGAGAUUGUGGAGAGAGCCGCCCAGCUUGAUGUUGUUGUGACCAACAAGCUUGCCAGGUUGCGCAGCCAGGAAGAUGAAUGAGUUUAAAAUCCGUAAUGUCGUUGGAUUAUGUUUUGUAGUGAGCUUUUUUUAUUACUGUGAACUUCUAUGGAGUUUUCAAUAUUUUUGCCAAGAAACUCUUGCUGACAAGAAUUUUAGGUUAUCUAUUCUAUUUUACAACAGAUUAUGGCAGAGUUGUGUUAUUAUUCCAUUUGAGAAUCUCUUGAAAUAUAUAGCUUUGUUAGUAAGGUC